AUGGAGGAGAGGAAGGAGGAGGGGGAGGCGCAGAUCCAGGAGCACGGCCCGGAGCACUGGUUCUCCAAAUGGGAACGACAGUGUUUAGCUGAGGCCGAUCAAGAGGAGCCCAGCGAGGAAGACACUGAGCCCAGCCAGCAGAAGCUUUGGCACCUCUUCCAAAACUCCGCCACGGCAGUAGCGCAACUAUAUAAAGAUAGAGUAUGUCAGCAGCAAGGCCUGUCUCUCUGGGUGCCCUUCCAGAAUGCAGCCACUGCUGUCACUAAUCUCUACAAAGAGAGCACAGAGGCUCGUCAGCGCAGCUACGACCUGGGCAUUCAGAUCGGGUGCCAGCGCAGAAAUAAGGAGGUGAUCGCCUGGGUGAAGAAACGCAGAAGAACCAUCCGCCGUGAGGACCUUAUCAGUUUCCUAUGUGGGAAAGCCCCGCCCCCCCGGACAGCUCGUGCCCCGCCCAGAGUGUCUGUGGUUUCUGCCAAUCGGCCUGCCCCUCCAGAGACCGGGAGCUCUGUGGAGACAGACCUGCAGCCAUUCAGAGAGGCCAUAGCACUGCAUGGCCUCAGUGGUGCUAUGGCAAGUAUCUCUGUGCGCUCCGGGCCCCCUGGCUCCCCCACACAUCCUGCCCAGUCCUUGGGCCGGCGCCGCAAUGGCCUCCACGACGUGGACCUGAACACUUUUAUUGCAGAGGAGAUGGCGCUCCAUUUGGAUUCCACUGCCAACCGCAAACGUGGCCCUGCCCCCUGUAGUGACGUCAUCACAGACUCCCCCACUCAUAAACGCAACAGGAUGCUCUAG